CCUUCAGCCAUGAAGAAGACCUCGGCCUUCGCCGCCCUCCUGCUCGCGAUGCUGGCAGUCCAUCAGCUGAUGGCCGUGCCGCCGGUGCGGGCCGCCGUCUCGUGCUCCGGCGUGAUGAACCACCUGUCGCUGUGCCUGGAGUUCCUGCAGGGCGACGCAGACGAGCCCGGCGACCGGUGCUGCAAGGGCGUCAAGGCCAUCUACGCGGCCGCGGACACCGCGGCGGAGAGGCAGGCGACGUGCAAGUGCCUCAAGUCGGCUUACAACCUUGUCGACGCCGACCUCUACGCCACGCAGACGCUGACCGGCCUCUGUGGGGUCCCGUUGUCCUACACCAUCUCCCCAGACACCGACUGCUCAGAGAUUGAGUGAAGAAGCUUUACCGGCCGGAGUCCAUACGAGGGAUGGUGAUGAUAGUAGUGUAUGGCUAUAUGCUGCAGUUACACGUACUGCGUUAUUGGAAUAAAUAAAUGGAUUUGUUCAAGUAACUAAUAUUCGCCUGUAAUCUUGUGAGCCAUUAUUUGUUUUUCCUUUGUGAUAGUCUUGCCAUUAUUUACUCGUGUCUGUAACUGUAACUACUGUAAUCCAUGGCACGUGCAACUCGAUUAAUAAGCCUGGCAUGAAAAUA